AUGACACGAGGAUUCGCUACCAUCAAGCCCGAGUGUGAGGAAACCUUUGAUGCAGUCAAAGAGACUGAUGCUCUGAACUUUGUCAUCUACGAAGCUUCGGCACACGACAAGACAAUUUCCGUGGCUGAGUCUGGCAAGUACCAGAAGUACGAGGAGUUCUUGUCUCAUUUCAAGGAUGAUGCCCCUCGGUAUGCUGUUGUGGACUUUGCGUAUGAUUCGCCCACUGCUGGAGAUGCACCGCGACACAAGUUAGUGUUUAUCACGUGGGUGCCAGAGACAGCGAGCAUCCAUGACAAGUCCUACUACACGAGCAACAAGGAUCAUCUGUACCGGUCGCUCGACGAUAUCAGUCUGCAUGUGCAGGCAUCCAAGUCGGAGGAACUGGCUCAUGCUGCGAUCCUCGGAAAAUUUAAGGUCCUCUGA